AAAUUAGCGAAGUGUUGAUACCAAUUAUCGAGUCACGAUAUAAUUUUUAAGCUAAUAACGUUCGUACUUUUUCAUUGAUGCAGUCAUCCACGAGUCCCGAAAUCUCAAAGUUACUUGGUUAUAUUAUUUGUAGAAAUAAUUUCUUGGAACGAUGCUACCGGCAGAAAGCAACGAUUUAUUCGAAAAACAUCCACCACCUCCCGUUAUUAAAGUGUAUAAAAGAAGAUGGGUGAUAUUAGCCAUUUUUGUUCUCUAUUCUUGCGCCAACGCCUUCCAAUGGAUAGAGUACUCUAUCAUCACUAACAUUGUGGUAAAAUUUUACAGAGUAAGCACGACUGCCGUAGAUUGGACCUCUAUUAUAUAUAUGAUCAUAUAUCCUUUUAUUGUUGUACCAGCUUCCUAUAUUAUUGAUACCCAGGGAUUAAGAGUGACAGCCUUGAUUGGUGGGCUAGGGACUGCAUUAGCUGCAGUCGUGAAAGUUUUUUCUAUCAGACAAGACUUAUUUCGGUUGGUACUUUUAGGCCAAGCAAUUGGAUCGACGGCGCAGGUCUUCGUCAUGUGUCUACCUGCAAAAAUUGCUGCGGUUUGGUUUAGCCCCAGUGAGGCAUCGCUAGCUUGUUCAUUGGCUGUAUUUGGUACCCAACUAGGUUUUGCACUUGGUUUUGUCCUUCCUCCAAGUCUAGUCAAGAACUCUGAAGAUCUCAGUGUGAUCGCUAGUGGACUUCAACAGCUGUGUUGGCUUUUAGCUAUUUAUAUGAUACCAGUUAGCGUGGCUAUAAUAUUUUAUUUUCCUGCCCAGCCGCCUCUACCACCGAGCAUAGCCCAAUUCGACGAAAGAAAACUUAGAAAAACUUCAUUCAGAGCAUUCUGGGAUAAAUUUACAAAUAGUUUGAAGCAUUACGGCUUUGUUUUGCAUUUGGCGGCGUACGGAAUUAAUGUAGGAGUCUAUGCCGGCUUCGGAACCUUCUUAAACCAGAUAGUUGUACACUUUUUUCCGCAUGGCGAAGAAGACGCUGGUAGAAUGGGCCUGUUGGCGGUCGUAUUUGGUAUGAUCGGAUCGAUCCUCUUGGGAAUAUUCCUGGAUAAGACACAUCGUUACAAAGAAACCACCCUGUUCGUGUAUUGCAUGGCGGCCGUAGGAAUGUUGGCGAUGGCUGGGGCUCUUAGAAUGCGAAGCCUGCCGUUGACUUACGCUACUUGUAUUUUUGCUGGAUUUUUCUUCAACUGCUACAUGCCCAUAGGCUUUGAACUAGCGGUAGAACUAACAUUUCCUUCAGAUGAAAGUACAACCACUGGUCUUAUGAAUGCCGUGACUCAAUCUAUGGGCGUAAUAGUAACACUAGCUCUAGGGAAACUAAAUCAUCAGAUAGGACCACUAUUAUCCCUGGUGUUUCUUGGAUUGUGUCUGGUAAUAGGGGCCAUACUCACGCAGAAUAUACCAAAUGUCAAAAGAAGGCAAGACGAGUUCGAAAAGAAUAAACGUCAAGAAGAAGAAAUGUUGGCUUUAAAAGCAUAGAGUAUUGUAAAUAUGUUUAAUAUAUGUUGUAAAUAUGUUUAAUAUAUGUUGUAUAUGAUUAAUAUAUAUCGACAAGAAGGGAUGAUGUUUUCUUCUUCGAAAGCGUUGGUUAUUGUAAAUAUGUACAAAUAUAUUUAAUUGAUUUGGA